AAGCUUUGGGAGUCUCCACUGCAGCCGUCACCAUGUCGGUCCUAAGGGCACUCAUGAAGCAACCGCCUAUUCAGUCUACGGCUGGGGCCGUCCCAGUUCGCAAUGAGAAAGGUGAGAUUUCAAUGGAAAAAGUAAAGGUAAAACGUUAUGUCUCUGGAAAGAGGCCAGAUUAUGCCCCUAUGGAGUCCUCAGAUGAAGAGGAUGAAGAAUUUCAAUUCAUUAAGAAAGCUAAGGAAUAAGAGGCAGAGCCUGAGGAACAGGAAGAGGAUUCGUCCAGUGACCCCCGACUUCUGCGUUUACAGAACCGCAUCAGUGAGGAUGUAGAAGAGAGAUUGGCUCGACACCGGAAAAUAGUGGAACCUGAAGUGGUAGGAGAAAGUGACUCAGAAGUAGAAGGAGAUGCCUGGCGCAUGGAACGAGAAGAUAGCAGUGAAGAAGAGGAGGAGGAAAUCGAUGAUGAGGAAAUAGAGCUGCGCCGUGGCAUGAUGCGUCAGCGAGCACAGGAGAGGAAAAAUGAAGAGAUGGAAGUCAUGGAAUUGGAAGAUGAAGGACGCUCUGGGGAGGAGUCAGAGUCUGAGUAUGAGGAGUACACGGACAGUGAAGACGAAAUGGAGCCUCGACUUAAGCCUGUCUUCAUACGAAAGAAGGACCGAGUGACAGUUCAAGAACGAGAAGCUGAAGCGUUAAGACAGAAGGAACUAGAGCAGGAAGCAAAACGCAUGGCUGAGGAGCGGCGCAAGUACACACUAAAGAUUGUAGAAGAAGAGACCAAAAAAGAGCUGGAGGAGAACAAGCGGUCUCUCGCUGCCCUGGAUGCACUCAAUUCUGACGACGAAAAUGAUGAGGAGGAAUACGAGGCAUGGAAAGUCCGAGAGCUCAAGAGAAUCAAGAGGGACAGAGAAGACCGAGAAGCACUUGAAAAGGAGAAAGCAGAUAUUGAACGCAUGCGAAACCUGACUGAGGAAGAAAGGUGGGCUGAACUUCGGGCAAAUGGCAAAGUAAUUACCAACAAAGCUGUUAAGGGCAAAUACAAGUUUUUGCAAAGGUAUUAUCACCGGGGUGCCUUCUUCAUGGAUGAGGAUGAAGAGGUCUACAAGAGGGAUUUUAGUGCACCUACUCUUGAGGACCAUUUCAACAAAACCAUUCUUCCAAAAGUCAUGCAAGUCAAGAAUUUUGGACGGUCUGGUCGUGCCAAGUACACCCACCUUGUGGAUCAAGAUACCACUUCCGUUGACUCUGCAUGGGGCCAAGAGAGUGCCCAGAACACAAAGUUCUUUAAACAGAAGGUAACUGGGGUACGUGAUGUAUUUGAG